CUUGUUUGGUUCAACCCUGCAGUUACUCUCAUUCCCUCCUGUGUAGGUGGAAGGCAUUCAAAAGGGAUGUUCUUGCUGAUUCAAGACCAAAUAGUUCUGUGCAGGACUCUACACUGGGGAUAAGGACAUGGGACUCCUCCUGCCAGAUUCCAGAUGGUUCAUCACAACUGACAUCUUGGCUGACAACUGUGAAAAGGAUCUUCGGAUUAUUCUAUUUUUUUUUUGUGGGAGACCGCAAUCCCCAAACUCUAGGACAUAUCAGGUUCCGUAUUUCUUGUAGAAUUUUAAAAUAAACUUUUCUAAUGAGGAUGUCCGAUAUUCUUACUGUAAAAGAUGAAACUGAUGCAAUGAAGGGUCCAGAAGCUGAAUUUAAAGAUACAGACACAGUUGAAAACCUAAAAAAAUCAGGAAGUGAGGAACAGAUUGAAGUGGAAAAGGAUGAAAAUUGUCCUGAUAACAAAAACAAUAUGCCGCGGCCAGCGCAGUCCUUUGGACAGACGGCCAAAAGGUCCAAGUCAAACACAAAGUUAAAGUUAGUUCGGAGCCUUGCUGUAUGUGAAGAAUAUCCACCACCUCCCACAGCUGAAAUAUCACAGGACUUCCAGGAGAAGAUUCAGAUCCAGUUGUCACAGUCUUUUGAAAAAGAAGAAAAACCUGCAAAAGAUGAAUCAGAAAAGGAAAAAUCCAGUGAUAAACUGUCCAGAAAAAUGUUAUCAAGAGAUUCCAGCCAGGAGUAUACAGAUUCCACUGGUAUAGAUCUUCAUGAAUUUUUAGUAAAUACAUUAAAAAACAAUCCCAGGGACAGAAUGAUGCUGCUGAAAUUAGAACAGGAAAUUUUAGAUUUCAUUGGUAAUAAUGAAGUACCAAGAAAAAAGUUUCCCCCAAUGACAUCUUACCAUAGAAUGCUGUUGCACAGGGUAGCUGCUUACUUUGGAUUAGAGCACAACGUGGACCAGAGUGGGAAGUCAGUCAUAGUAAAUAAAACUAGCAAUACAAGAAUACCUGACCAAAAGUUUUGUGAGCAUAUAAAGGAUGAGAAGAGCGAUGACUUCCAGAAGCGGUACAUCCUUAAGAGAGAUAACUCUAGUUUAGAUAAAGAUGACAACCAGAUGAGAAUACGAUUAAAAGAUGACAGAAGAAGUAAAUCCAUAGAAGAACGUGAAGAAGAAUAUCAGAGAGCUAGAGAAAGGAUAUUUGCACAAGAUUCCCUGUGUUCCCAAGAGAAUUAUUUCACUGAUAAAAGAAUCCAGGAGGAAGAAACUAAUAGUACACAACAAAGACGACAGAUACUUAGAAUCAAUAAGGAGGCAUCGGGGAGAUCAGCCAACAGCCACCAGAGCAGCACGGAGACGGAGCCGCGGCCCUGGAGCAGCACCGACUCGGACAGCUCCCUGCGCAACCUGAAGCCCGCGGUCACCAAGGCCAGCAGCUUCAGCGGCAUCUCGGUGCUGAGCCGCGGCGACAGCUCUGGCAGCAGCAAGAGCACGGGCAGGCUGUCCAAGACAGGUUCAGAGUCUUCUAGUAGUGUAGGGUCCUCCACAGGUUCUCUCUCUCACAGCCAGCAGCCUCUUCCAGUGCCAGCUCUAAGCCAGCCCUCCCCUGGCACGCCUGCCGUGUAUCCAACUGUCAGCUCUAGUAACUCUCUUUCCUUUGACGGUGGCAUGAGCGGGCAAGUGGCACCUGCUGCUAGCAGUAGCUUCUUUCUGCUUCCCUUGGAAGCAGCAGGCAUCCCACCUGGCAGUGUGCUGGUCAACCCUCAAACAGGCCAGCCGUUCCUCAAUCCCGACGGCACUCCGGUUGUGUACAACCCACCCCUGCCUCAGCAGCCUGCUAGGACCCAAGUGCCUGGAGCUGCCCCUCAGCCAGCCCUGCCCAGCCCUGCCCAGCACCAGCCCGGAGCCAGCCCCAUCCUCUCACAGGUGCACUUGUCAAACACGUGCUCAGGGAUACCGCGGCUCUCACUUGCCUCUGGCAACAGGGACACGGGGUUAUUGCUUCUCCUGCAGUGGCUCUUAAGAAAAAAGAAGUAUCCAUUUUGUUUCUGGGAGUGGAGCGAGUUGCUCUUUUGGAGCAUAGAUGCUUUUCUCUGUUACAAAAGACUUGUUUUCACUUCUCUUACUGUGGUGUUAACCUUGUUCAUAACCCUGUUAUUUCUGCAGCCUCUGCGGGCUCUGCAGCCCUCCUCCCAGCCUGUCCAGUACUCUGCAGUGUCGUACCCACCCCCGCUCCUGCCAGCCUCCUCUGCACAGCAAUACUCUGUGCAGGACAGCCUGGGGUCGCAGUUCAGCCAGCUGAGCCUGGCGCGGCAGCCGGCGGGGGAAGGCGGGGAGGCGGGCCCGGCGCUGUUCCAGCCCGGCGUGGUGCUGCAGCCCCCGCAGCAGCCCGGCUACAUCCUGACCGCCGCGCCCGCCGCGCCGCCCGCCGCGCCCGCCCCGCCCUACUCGGGGCCCGCGCACCCCGUGGGCCAGCCCGUGCUCCCGCAGCAGGGAUUCGUGCAGCAGCCCGUGCCACAGAUGCCACCCUGUUACUGCACCCCCAGCCAGUACCCGCACUCCAGCCAGCAGUACCGCCCUGUUUCUGUCCAUUACAGCACGCAGCAGAACCAGGCCCUGCCGCAGCCUGGCCAGCAGACAGGUUACCAGAUUUUGCCCAACCAGCAGCAAAACUACCAGGGUUUAGUUGGAGUUCAGCAGUCUCAGAAUCAAAAUCUAGUCAGUGGCCAACACAACAAUAUUGGGAAUCAAAUUCAAGGUGUGAUUGUUCCAUAUCCCUCAGUGCCAUCUUAUCAGGUUUCGGUGCCUCAAGGUUCCCAAGCAGUGCCCCAGCAGACAUAUCAGCAGCCUGUUAUAAUUCCCAGUCAGUCCAGCCAAGGGCUGCCCACCACAGGAAUGCCAGUCUACUACAGUGUCAUUCCAUCAGGUCAACAGAACAACCUAAGUUCAUCUGUAGGAUAUUUGCAGCCUCCUGGAUCAGAGCAGAUACAGUUUCCUAGAACAUCAUCACCAUGCAACUCACAGCAGCUUCAAGGACAGCAGUGUGCAGCCGCGGUGCCGCCGCCGGCCGGGGCCGGGCCCGGGGGGGUGGUGAUGAUGCAGCUCAACGUGCCCGGCAGCGCCGCGCCGCGGAACCCGUCCCCACCGCACAGGAAACCCGGCAAGUACUACUGCGAUCAGCCCCGCGGGCACAAGGCCGCCGAACUCAGCACUUUAGACGGCGCUGCACAGCUGCAGCAUAGUCCUCAACUGGGCAGCCCUGUCACCUCACCAGCCCAAUCACCAGCACCAGCUCAGCUGUCAAACAUGAAGAACAUCCGUCCCACACUGACACCUCUUUCUAUUGUGUCCCAGUUUUCUAGACCUUUUGUCCCCGGACAAGGAGAUGCCAGAUACCCAUUGCUUGGCCAACCCCUGCAAUACAAUCCAUCUUUAUUACGUGGACAAGUAACAAGCCAACAGUGUCAGCCUGGAAACAGACAUGGAAACAGGGGAAAGAAACCAGCAAAGAAGGCUGCUUCAGCAGAUCUUGGUGCAGGAGAACCAGUUGUGGGGAAAGUUCUAGAAAUUACUGAGCUGCCAGAAGGCAUAACUCGUGUGGAAGCAGAGAAGCUCUUUGGAGAACUGUUGAAGGUGGGUGCCAAGAUCCGGUGGCUGCGGGACUCGCAGUGCCUGCAGCAGCAGCAGCAGCAGCGGCGGCUCUGCGGGGACGGGGGCUCGGAGCCGCCCCGCGCCGGGGACUUGGCCUCCACCUACACGGUGCUGGCCACCUUCCCCAGCAUGGCGGCCGCGCAGAGCGCGCUCAAGAGACAGAGCAGUACCUCAGUCAGCAAGUUCCGCCUGAGAACCAGCAAGAAGCACUACGACCUGCACGUCCUGGAGAGGGCCAGCUCUCAGUAGCACUCACACCGCUGGACACUCGGCCUUUACUACUUCCAUGUCCUCCCUUGAUUGGUUUGAUGUCAUGGGGUUUCUGUUCUCUUCAUAGAGACUCCUGGGAUGUUUUGUCACAUGACAUUUGCCAUUGAAGAAUAAAUAACCCAGUGAAUCCAGCAAGAUGAAGAAAAAAAUAUACAGAGUUAAUCCCAGACAAUAGCAAGGAGUGAUCUUUGCGACAGGCAGCUUUCUGUAAGGAAUGCUGCUGAAAUGCCCCUACUUUUAUAGUAGUUUCGUUUUAUAUUUUUGAAAUCUUGUACCAGAUCCAAAGUUCUAUUGUACAGCAGAUGUUCAUAAAAAUCCAUAUGCAGAUUUGUAUUUUAUAAUCCCUUUUCACAGCCAGCACACAGCUGUCCAUUCCAAGGCAGGAACCUGAGGAUUGGUGGAGGGGAAAAGAGAACCAUUCUCAAGGAAUUAUAUUCAUUUUCUAGCAAACUACCCAAGAGCUUCAAGUUAACCUGUUCUUUGUCCCUUGUGUGUUUUUUUCUUUUGUUUUCUUUUUUCCUUUUUCUUCUUUUUGGUUUUUUUUGUUUUGUUUUGUUUUUUUUUAAGAAAAAAAGUAGUGACUAACUCCUUAGGUGGUCCUUCUCUUUUGCAAUACAUUCAAACAAUUUCCAAAAAAAUUACAAGUUUGUACCCUUGAAGAAUUUGCUUCUGAUCCAACAAGUUUAAUAAUUACUAGAAGGGGAUUAUGAAUAGGUUACAAAGAAUGUUCACUGAAUCACAUUUUAAUAUUAUUUUUUAACAAAAGUGUGAAGAAAAUUUAUGUAUCUUCAUACAAGUGACAAAAUGUUUGCACUUUAAUUGUGUUCCCACCAGUAUGGGUCUCUUUCUCUUCCUUUUCACGCUAAGAUAAUUGUGUUUGAUAAGUGCUGGAAACCUUUUUAAUGGUUUGAGUUUUCAUCAUUUGCAGAUGCUCACUGGACAUUAAAGAUUCAUUGCACAUAAAUGAAACAAAACUUUUUCAACUUGUGUAAUUUGCAAGUCUGUACAAUGUGUGCUGAUGCAAGCCUUUUUCAGUUCAAAAGAAUAAAUGUUUACAAACACAAA